AUGUCAUUUUUAAAAUCCAUUUGUAUAUACAUAAGAAUAUUAAUUGACAAGACGAUAGAUUUCAUAUUUUCAUUGUAUUGGGAAGGCAAGAAGCAAGUCAUACCGGACCUUGAAAAGAGACAUGCCUUCCUCGCUGAGAGCGCUACGAGUUUGGCGAGGAAGAUCAAAAACAAAGAACUGAAAUCUGAAACUUUAAUUCAGGCCAUGAUUGAACGAAUGAAACAGGUUAACCCGCUGUUAAAUGCAGUCGUCGCGGAUAUGUACGACACAGCCCUAGAAGAAGCGAAAGAGAUUGACAGGCAAAUAGCUCAAGGGCUGUCAGAGGAGAUGGCUAAUAAACCCUUUUUAGGGGUGCCAUUUACUACUAAAGAAAGUCAAGGUUUAAAAGGAAUGCCAACUACAAUGGGUCUUUGGUGUCGUAGGAACGAUAGAGCCACUGAGGACAGCGAGGCAGUCAUUAGAUUAAAGAAAGCAGGGGCUAUAGCUCUAGCUACCACGAACUUGCCAGAAUUAUUGAUAUGGCAAGAGACUCGUAAUCCAGUGUAUGGACAGACAAACAAUCCUCAUCAUACGGGCCGCAGUCCUGGAGGCUCUAGUGGGGCGGAGGCAGCUCUCUCUGCCACAUACGCCACAGCUAUCAGCUUAUGUUCAUUUUAUCGUACCGGUGAGGAAGACAGUAUGUAUUGCUUGGGAUUCAUAUCCAAGCAUGUAGAAGACUUGGCGCCUCUCAUUAAGAUUGUGGCUGGCGAUAAAGCUGAGCUACUUAAGCUGGACAGAAAUGUUGAUUGUAAGGACAUCAAAUUUUAUUAUUUAGAAUCGAGCAAUGACUGUCACAUUAGUCCAAUCCAACCUGAAAUAAAAGACGCCAUGCAUAAGGUGAUUAAGAAGCUUCAAGAAGAUUUCAAUACCACAGUGGAGCCCUACCAUCACCCAGGUUUCGACAGCAUGUAUUCGUUGUGGGCCCACAUGAUGGCCAAGGAGCCCGGGGACUUCACUACCAUGCUUGUCGAUGGAAAGGAUCGGGUCAAUGGCUUUAAAGAAUUGGGAAAAAAGAUGCUAGGGAUGAGUAAGUUCUGCCUGUUCACGAUACUACGAGUGUUGGAGAUGCAAGUGUUGCCAGCACCUAACAAGGAGUGGGCUGAGACGACGAUUAACAGUAUGAAGGAGGACCUCUUUAGUAAAUUAGGUAGUAGCGGUGUCCUACUUCUUCCAAGUUCGCCAACUGCCGCUCCCUACCACUACUCGCCAGUACUGAGGCCCUACAACUUCUCAUAUUGGGGACAUGUUAACACUCUCAAGUGUCCCGCGACACAGGUACCUCUCGGUAGGAAUAGCGCUGGUCUUCCUAUCGGUAUCCAAAUCCUGGCUGCUCCAUACAACGACGCGCUCUGUCUCAGCGUCGCGAAAUACUUAGAGAAAGAGUUCGGGGGAGCGAUUAUGGCUUGUGAUAUUAAGAAAUAA